AAGUAAUUAAUUUGAUUGGAAGUGUGACCCAGAUAAUUCGGGUCUAAUCUCAAACUUAAUAAUCAACCGUCACUCAAAAACAAAAGCUAUCGGCUAACGAGUUCUGCGAAAUGCUAUCCAAAGGUAUUGGACCAAUGGCAGCAAGAUCUUUAUCCAUUGUUCACGUUCCCGCGUUUAAACUUAAAUGGGUUUUCUCUCCCUUAUCAUUUUGUUCUUCAGAAUCCAAACCAAGGAAGCUGGUUCUCUACUCCAAGCCUGGUUGCUGUUUGUGCGAUGGCCUCAAAGAAAAACUUCACGCCGCCUUCUCACUUUCCGGCCCGGACCCCCUCCAUGACGUCGUUUUGCAGGUGAGGGAUAUUACCAGCAAUCCUGAGUGGGAGAAGGCUUAUCAAUAUGAGAUACCCGUUUUAGCCAAAGUGCUCUCUGAUGGCUCUGAGGAAAUACUACCUAGAUUAUCUCCUCGACUUGGGGUGGAACUUGUCCAUAAGAAGAUAGCAGCUGCUUUUAAACAGGCUGUCAAGUAUAUCUUGGUCUAGUGGGUACCCAGUUAGAGAAAGCAAUACACAUCAAAGGGAAAGGAAAAUGAAAAAGACUGUAGAAGAGAUAAAAGAGCUCAACCCACCUGCACCUGUGGCUGGUCAAUGAAGGACUGCCACUGUCAUUACAUACAACUUUAAUGUAAGAUUAUGCAUUAUUUUAUACAAACGAGGUUAUCAUGUAGGAUAAUAGAAAGAAUUACAAGUGUUGUGAUUCGAAACUCAAAACUCGUUGGAUGUCACUUCGUAAAGUUGACUACAUGAAUCAACCGGAUUAAGCUUAAUCCUUGACUUACUGGA